AUGUUGCGAAACUUGAACAAGUUCGUUCGAUUCAGCACUCGAGGCUUUGGUUUGAAAAUGAGUCCCUUACCAGACGUCAAGCAUUUGCCAGCAUUACACAGCACGUUGGAGCAGGCCAAACGGUUUGCAGCCUACAGAGCAGUGGAUGAGAACUUGGACUAUGCCAAUCACCGCGUGAUCGGUGUCGGGAGUGGCUCCACUGUCAUAUACGUGGCCGAGCGACUGGGCCAGUACCUCUUAGAUCCCCAGUACUCUAUCUACGCAUCGCAGUUUGUGUGCAUUCCCACGGGUUUCCAGUCGAAAGAGCUGAUUCUGACUAACGGACUGAGACUUGGGUCCGUAGAACAAUAUCCAGCUUUGGAUAUCGUCUUCGAUGGUGCAGACGAGGUGGACGAGAACCUGCAACUGAUCAAGGGUGGUGGUGGCUGUUUGUUCCAGGAAAAACUGGUGAGCACCUCGGCUGCGAAAUUCAUCGUGGUCGCAGAUUACCGUAAAAGAUCACCAAAGUACCUGGGCACUAACUGGGUGAAGGGUGUUCCAAUCGAGGUGGUCCCCUCGGGAUAUAUCCGCGUGCUGAGAGACCUGAAAACCAAACUAAAGUGCAAAAACGCCGUUCUAAGGCAAGGUGCUCCCGCAAAGGCUGGUCCAGUGGUCACCGACAACUGCAACUUCAUCAUUGAUGCCGACUUUGGUAAAAUCGAACGCCCUGAAAUCCUGCACAGGGACAUCAAAAUGUUGGUGGGCGUCGUGGAGACCGGCCUUUUCAUCGACAACGCUUCGAAAGCAUACUUUGGAAACCCAGACGGUUCUGUCGAACUUCAAGUUUAG